CUAAAAAUGAAAAAAAAAGACACUCUCCCUUAGCCCUCUUUGUUGACGGCAAAGCUCAAAAUCUCGUCUGUCAAUUAUAUUUGAUCGCCAUGGGAGAUGGCAGAGGCAAUUCCAAUAGCAAUCGGCCAGAGUGGUUGCAACAGUAUGAUUUGAUAGGGAAAAUUGGGGAAGGGACAUACGGGUUGGUUUUUUUGGCUAAGAUCAAAGCUAACCGCAGCAAAUCUAUUGCUAUCAAGAAGUUCAAGCAAUCCAAGGACGGUGACGGCGUUUCCCCCACCGCCAUUCGCGAAAUCAUGUUGCUUCGGGAGAUAUCCCAUGAGAAUGUUGUAAAGCUUGUCAAUGUGCAUAUCAACCAGGCAGAUAUGUCUCUCUAUCUCGCUUUUGACUAUGCCGAGCAUGACCUCUAUGAAAUUAUUAGACACCAUAGAGACAAGGUCAUUCUGGCAAUCAAUCAGUACACUGUAAAGUCUCUGUUAUGGCAGCUGCUUAAUGGUCUCAAUUAUCUUCACAGUAAUUGGAUUGUACACCGAGACCUAAAGCCAUCAAAUAUCUUGGUAAUGGGCGAGGGAGAAGAACAUGGAGUUGUUAAAAUUGCUGAUUUCGGCCUUGCAAGAAUUUAUCAAGCUCCAUUGAAACCAUUAGCUGAGAAUGGGGUUGUAGUCACUAUCUGGUAUCGUGCGCCGGAGUUACUGCUUGGGGCAAAACACUACACAAGUGCAGUUGAUAUGUGGGCCGUUGGCUGUAUAUUUGCUGAGCUUCUUACUCUAAAGCCACUAUUUCAAGGGCAAGAAGUGAAAGGCACACCAAACCCUUUCCAGCUUGACCAACUGGACAAGAUAUUUAAGGUUCUUGGACAUCCCACACCAGAAAAAUGGCCAACACUGGUAAACCUUCCGCAUUGGCAAUCUGAUGUGCAACGUAUUCAAGGACAUAAGUAUGACAAUCCUGCACUUUAUAGUGUUCUGCACAUGUCUCCCAAAAGUCCUGCAUACGACCUCCUUUCGAAGAUGCUUGAAUAUGAUCCUCGUAAAAGAAUAACAGCAACACAAGCUCUCGAGCAUGAGUACUUUCGGAUGGAACCUCUACCUGGCCGCAAUGCACUUGUACCACCACAACCUGGAGAAAAAGUUGUGAAUUAUCCAACUCGACCCGUGGACACAACUACAGACUUUGAAGGAACCAUUAGUCUUCAAACUUCUCAGCCAGUAUCAUCUGGAAAUGCAGCAUCUGGUGGCAUGCAUGGUCCCCAUGUUAUGCCAACUAGAUCUGUACCCCGACCAAUGCAAAUGGUCAACAUGCCAAGGAUGCAACCUCAGGGCAUGUCUGCUUAUAAUCUUUCUUCUCAAGCUGGCAUGGGUGCUGGAAUGAACCCGGGAAACAUGCCCAUGCAGCGCGGUGUUGCUGCUCAGGCACAUCAGCAGCAGAUGAGAAGAAAAGAUCCAGGAAUGGGAAUGCCUGGAUACCCUCCACAACAGAAAUCUCGACGGUUCUGAAAGUCUUUUUCAUUGACAAUCAUGCACU